AUGAUGGGUAUCACGUUAGCUAAUAUGCGACGCGGUGUCAUGUUACAUAAACUUAUCUUGAUCGAGCUCCUUCUGGCGAUGCCAAAUGGUUUCUUUACCUUUUUCGAUCCUCCGACCUGGGGUUGGUAUCUUUCCUCGACUGUUAUUUUCCUCAUCAUCUCGUGGAAUCUGCACAACGUCAUCGCCUGGAUGAAGAACAAGCCCUUCCUUUCAAAGCGGAAUAAUGCUAUAUAUAUUGGUAGUAUCAUACUGGUCCAGCCUUACUGGGUCCUUGAGAUCUAUGCCAAUUUCACGUACUUCAACACUCCUAAUACUCGGCUUUUCUCCUCGACCCGACCGCUUGAGGCUGUCUGCCGCGAUCCCUGGUGGAUCUUUACCGCGAUUAACCUUUUCUGGAACAUUAAAUACCGUUAUGAGUUCAAACCUCUCGAGAUCAUCCGCAUAUCCCCUCGUUUCGGUCUCUUACUGUUGAGCAUGUCUCUCAGUAUCAUCUUCAUUAUUGUCGAUCUUCUCUCGGUCACGCCGGUUAUCCCGAUCGGUGUCAUCAAUCCAUUCUGGAAGUUUGCAUUUAUCUUCAAAUGCUUCACCGAUACGAUCGUUCUAGAUGACUUCAAAACCGCACUAGAUAAGCUAAUUGCUGAGAGGGCAUCCCGAGCAAAGUGA